UUUGUUCGUAAAAAAAACUCGACGCGCUCGGUUGCGGAGCGGAUUGUGUGUUGUUUUUAGCCGCCAACCGCUCGGAAAAUUCGAAAACUCUCGUAAAAACUUGGUAACUAAAGUGCGACCAACCAGAAAUGCAUUAGUUUGUGCAUAAAAGUGACAAAUAACGACAAAUAGCAACUAAUAGCGACAAGUUGUGACAAAGAAAGCCGAGUUCGGGGCGGCGUUUUCUUUAAUUCUGUGUUUCGGUGUUUUACUCCCAAGCCUAUAACUAAACGUAAACAGUGUUUAAUAAUUGUCCAAAUUGUUCGGAUUAAAAGUCAAGCAAUUAUCAGUGCUAAAUAAAAAUAAACAAAAAUCGGAAUCAAAUUGGAUUAUCGCGGAGCAGAGAAGAAAUAAGACUUGCCACAAGAUGUUGACUCGGCCUUUUUGUGGCUACUUCCACCUGCCUGAGUAGCUUCGAUAUUCCUCUACGUAGACGCAGGCACUUCCGGAUACUACCAAAUAGCUAUCAACAGAAGCAGCACUGCCAGUUGUGGAAGCCAGAUAUUAGACGGUUAUAUCAGAUAUAGACAAGAGAUCAAUAUAUAUAUAAAUAUAUAUAUUCGCCGCCGACGUCGACGCCUUGUUCUUCGCGAUUUCGUCGCCGUCAGCGUUCGCCGCCGACUGAGACGAAAGCUGCGAAGCAACGAGCGCCAGCGAAAGCCUCACCACGGACGCAUUUAUGGAUGCGGGCGGCCUGCCAGUCUUCCAGAGCGCCAGCCAAGCAGCCGUCGCCCAGCAGCAGCAACAGCAGCAGCAGCAACAGCAACAACACCUGAAUCUCCAGUUGCACCAGCAGCACCUGGGCCUUCACCUGCAGCAGCAACAGCAGCUGCAACUGCAACAACAACAGCAGCAACAGCACAAUGUCCAGGCGCAGCAACAGCAGCAGAUCCAAGUGCAGCAGCAACAACAACAGCAGCAGCAGCAACAGCAACAACACUCGCCCUACAAUGCCAAUCUGGGAGGAGGAGGCGGCAUUGCUGGAAUCCCUGGCGGCAACGGAGCUGGCGGCCCUGCAAAUCCUGGAGCGUUACCCUCGGCACCCGGCGAGUCCGGAAUGCCAGCCAAGAGGCAACCCAUCGUUGACAGGCUGCGACGCCGCAUGGAAAACUACCGGCGGCGUCAGACGGACUGUGUGCCGCGUUAUGAGCAGGCAUUUAGCACCGUUUGCGAGCAGCAGAAUCAGGAGACCACCGCCCUACAGAAGCGCUUCCUUGAGAGCAAAAACAAGCGGGCGGCCAAGAAGACAGACAAAAAGCUGCCGGAUCCCUCACAGCAGCAGCAGCAGCAGCAACAACACCAGCAGCAUCAGCAGCAGCAACACCAGCAGCAUCUUCAGCAGCACCAGACCAUGUUAGCCGGACAGCUGCAGAGCAGUGUUCAUGUGCAACAAAAAUUCCUGAAACGACCUGCGGAGGAUGUUGACAAUGGCGCUGACAACUUUGAGCCGCCGCACAAAUUGCCCAAUAACAACAACAACAAUAGCAGCAAUAGCAACCAAAAUAACAACAACGGCAAUCCGAAUGCCAACAACAACAACAAUGGUAAUGGCAACAACAAUACCGGCGGCAACAACAACACGAACAAUGCGAAUAGCAACAACAACAAUAAUGGCAAUGGCAAUGGCAAUACUAACAGCAACAACAACAACGGCUCGGAAAAUCUAACCAAAUUCUCAGUGGAAAUUGUACAGCAACUGGAGUUCACCACAUCAGCGGCGAAUUCACAGCCGCAGCAGAUCAGCACGAAUGUCACAGUGAAGGCGCUGACCAACACUUCGGUGAAGAGCGAACCAGGAGUUGGUGGAGGAGGCGGUGGUGGUGGCAACAACGGAGGAGGAGGCGGUACGAACAAUAACGGUGGGGGUGGUGGCAACGGCAACAACGGAGGCGGCGGAGGAGGCGGUGAUCAUCACCAACAGCAGCAGCAGCAGCAAGGCGGCGGACUGGGAGGCCUCGGCAAUAAUGGAAGGGGCGGAGGACCCGGUGGCAUGGCCACGGGUCCCGGCGUUGGUGUUGGCAACCUUGGAGUCGGCGGUAACCUAGGCAACCUGGGUCUGCCACCCAAUAUGAUGUCUGCCCAACAAAAGUCCGCCCUCGGCAAUCUGGCCAAUUUGGUGGAGUGCAAACGAGAGCCGGAUCAUGAUUUUCCCGAUCUUGGUUCCCUGGACAAGGAUGGCGGCGGUGGGCAGUUCCCCGGCUUCCCCGAUCUCCUCGGCGACGAUAAUUCGGAGAACAACGACACCUUCAAGGAUCUCAUCAAUAACCUGCAGGACUUUAAUCCCAGUUUCCUCGACGGCUUCGAUGAGAAGCCGCUGCUGGACAUCAAGACCGAGGAUGGCAUCAAGGUGGAGCCGCCAAAUGCCCAGGAUCUGAUCAAUAGCCUGAACGUAAAGUCGGAGGGUGGAUUGGGUCAUGGCUUUGGCGGCUUUGGCCUCAAUCUUGGCGAUAAUACAGGUAUGAAGAUGCGUGGCGGCGGCAAUCAGGGUGGAGGAGGAGGCUUUCCCAAUGGCCCCAACAAUGGCGGCGGAGGAGGAGGCAAUGUGGCUUCCAAUGUGGCUCCCAACUCUGCCGGCAACUCUGGUAAUCUCAUGUCCGAGCAUCCGCUGGCCGCUCAGACACUCAAGCAAAUGGCCGAGCAGCAUCAGCACAAGAAUGCCAUGGGCGGAAUGGGUGGUUUUCCGCGUCCACCUCAUGGCAUGAAUCCCCAGCAGCAGCAGCAACAGCAGCAGCAGGCUCAGCAACAGGCGCAACAGCAGCAGCAUGGCCAGAUGAUGGGACAAGGUCAGCCGGGUCGUUACAAUGACUAUGGCGGCGGCUUUCCCAAUGACUUUGGUCUAGGUCCCAACAACCCCCAGCAGCAGCAGCAGCAACAACAACAGCCGCAGCAGCAACAUUUGCCGCCUCAGUUCCACCAGAAGGGUCCUGGUCCCGGAGCUGGAAUGAAUGUGCAGCAGAGCUUCCUGGACAUCAAGCAGGAGCUGUUUUAUUCCUCUCAAAACGACUUCGAUCUCAAGCGUCUGCAGCAGCAGCAGGCCAUGCAGCAGCAGCAGCAACAGCAGCAACAUCACCAGCAGCAGCCCAAAAUGGGAGGUGUGCCCCAGUUCAACAAGCAGCAGCAGCAACAGCAACAGGUGCCGCAGCAGCAGCAAUUGCAACAGCAGUACUCGCCCUUCAGCAACCAGAAUGCCAAUGCGGCGGCCAACUUCCUUCGCGGCCCCAAUGGCAAUCAGCAGCCAGGCAACCUGCCGCAGCAGCAGCAACCUGGCGGCGGCCCACAGCAACAGCAGCAGCAGCAACAACAGCAGCAGCAGCGCAAUGGCAAUGGGCAGCAAAACAAUCCAAACAACGGCCCUGGCGGCAAUGCCGGCAACACGCCGCAGCAGCAACAGCAGCAGGCAACCACCACCACGCUGCAGAUGAAGCAAACGCAGCAGCUGCACAUAAGCCAGCAGGGAGGAGGAGCCCAUGGCAUUCAGGUGUCCGCUGGUCAACAUCUCCACCUGAGUGGCGACAUGAAGAGCAAUGUUUCUGUGGCUGCCCAGCAAGGUGUCUUCUUCAGCCAGCAGCAGGCGCAGCAGCAGCAGCAGCCCGGCGGCAACAAUGGACCCAAUCCCCAGCAGCAACCGCAUGGCGGUAAUGCAGCUGGAGGCGUGAAUGUGGGUGUAGGCGGCGUGGGCGUGGGCGUAGGAGUGGGCAAUGGCGGCCCCAAUCCCGGACAGCAGCAACAGCAGCAACCAAAUCAAAACAUGAGCAAUGCAAAUGUUCCCUCCGAUGGCUUCUCGCUCUCCCAAAGCCAAAGCAUGAACUUCAACCAGCAGCAACAGGCAGCGGCAGCAGCAGCAGCAGCUGCGGCGGCGCAACAGCAACAGGCAGCCGCCCAGCAGCAGCAGCAGCAGGUGCCGCCCAAUAUGCGCCAGCGUCAGACGCAGGCCCAGGCAGCGGCUGCAGCAGCGGCGGCAGCAGCAGCGCAGGCGCAGGCGGCGGCCAAUGCCAGCGGUCCCAAUGUCCCGCUCAGCAUGCAGCAGCCGCAGGUCGGAGUGGGAGUGGGAGCAGGGCUUGGUCCUGGCCUGGGAGUCAAUGUGGGCAAUGGCGGCGUGGUGGGCGGACCUGGAGGACCCGGUGGCCCCAACAAUGGUGCAAUGAAUCAGAUGGGCGGACCCAUGGGCGGCAUGCCGGGCAUGCAGAUGGGUGGACCCAUGAACCCGAUGCAAAUGAAUCCGAAUGCCGGAGGACCCAAUGCCCAGCAGAUGAUGAUGGGCGGCGGCAAUGGUGUGGGUGGACCUGGACCUGGUCCCGGUGGUCCUGGUGGACCCAAUCCCAACCAGGCCAAGUUCCUGCAGCAGCAGCAAAUGAUGCGGGCCCAGGCCAUGCAGCAGCAGCAGCAGCACAUGUCCGGCGCCCGACCACCGCCGCCCGAGUACAAUGCCACCAAGGCGCAGCUGAUGCAGGCCCAGAUGAUGCAGCAGACGGUGGGCGGUGGCGGCGUAGGUGUUGGUGUAGGCGUGGGCGUUGGAGGCGUCGGAGGAGUGGGCGUGGGUGGAGCCAAUGGCGGACGCUUUCCCAACAGCGCUGCCCAGGCGGCGGCCAUGCGGCGCAUGACCCAGCAACCCAUACCUCCCUCCGGACCCAUGAUGCGGCCCCAGCAUGCGAUGUACAUGCAGCAGCAGCAGCAGCAACACGGUGGAGCAGGCGGCGGUCCUCGAGGCGGUGGCAUGGGUGGACCCUAUGGCGGCGGAGCGGGACCCAUGGGCGGUGGUCCGCAGCAGCAACAGCAGCGUCCUCCUAAUGUCCAGGUAACGCCCGAUGGCAUGCCCAUGGGCUCGCAGCAGGAGUGGCGGCACAUGAUGAUGUCGCAGCAGCAGCAGAACCAAAUGGGCUUCGGCGGACCCGGCGGACCCAUGCGGCAGGGUCCCGGUGGCUUCAAUGGAGGCAACUUCAUGCCCAAUGGGGCUCCCAAUGCGGCUGGCAACGGACCCAAUGCCGGCGGCAUGAUGUCCGGCCCGCAAGUGCCCCAAAUGCAGAUGACCCCAGCCCAGAUGCAGCAGCAAUUGAUGCGCCAGCAACAGCAGCAGCAGCAGCACAUGGGCGGACCUGGUGGCGGCAACAACCAAAUGCAGAUGCAGCAGCUCAUCCAGCAGCAGCAACAGGCGGGAGGCAACAGCAUGAUGGCCAGCCAAAUGCAAAUGUCCAGCAUGCACAUGACUCAGACGCAGCAGCAGCAGCAGAUCACCAUGCAGCAGCAGCAGCAGUUUGUGCAGAGCACCACCACCACGACGCACCAGCAGCAAAUGCAGAUGCAAAUGGGUCCCGGUGGCGGAGGAGGAGCAGGCAAUGGCGGUGUGCCGGCCAGUAACAAUAAUGGUGGCGGAGGAGGUGGCUCGGCGGUUGGUGGGAAUGGAGGUGGUGGCAACUCCACCACGACCAUUGCCAGCGCCAGUUCCAUAAGCCAAACGAUCAACUCGGUGGUGGCCAACUCGAAUGAUUUGUGUCUCGAAUUCCUGGACAACCUGCCGGUGGAUAGUAAUUUCUCCACGCAGGAUCUGAUCAAUUCCCUCGACAAUGACAACUUCAAUCUGCAGGAUUUCAAUAUGCCGUAGAUGCAGCCACUGGCCACCACCUUCAACCUCCAACCACCAUAACCAUAACCACCACGAUGUUGCCUCAGUUUUGUUUAGGUUUUAUUUUGUAUUUUUUUUGUUGCCACACUGUUGUUGUUACUGCCCCCCCGCCCCGUUCCGCCACCCACCCGCGUUCCUGCCAACGAAAGUUAUUUUGUUUGUUAUAUAUUUGUGUGUGUGAGAGAGAGUGUGUGUGUGUGCGAGUGUGAAUUUAUUCCUAAGCCAAGUUCGUUCGUUCAUCUCUAAAUGUACUCCAACUUCCGCGGGCUCCACUGUAUUGUAUUUCGUAAUUGUAAUUGUAAUUUUAUGUAUUAUUAGCCAGAGAUAUAGAGAGAGAGAGAGCUGUUCCCAAGGUCCAAGGCAGGCGUUUGCGUGGAGCCUGUGGGCGUGGCACAAGCCACACAUUCCAUUUAAUGAAAAAGUAAAACAAAGAAAAAUUAGGGAAAUUCGAAAAGUAUUUGCAAGUACUUUAAAAAUCCACAAGAAACCGAUUUACACAGACAGAAAAAACUUAAGCACUUGUACUUAAAGCUAAUUUUGAGUGCCACGCCCACAAGUAACGCUGUGCCCCGCCCCUUUUUCGUUUCGAUUACUUAAGCAGCAGCAAAAAAGAGAUAAGCAGAAACGCAAAAAGAACCAACAAAACAAAACGAAAAACAAAAAUACGAGAAAAAACACA